GAAACGCGAAGGUGGGGGGAACGGCUGCCGGCGCGAGGCGCUCGAGGCUGCCUCAGCCGCCGCCGGGCCCCGCCCCGCGGGGGCUCCGCUCGCCCCCGGCCAUGGAGAGCGGCAGCGGCGGCGGGAGGGGCCCGACAGGCCGGGAGGAGCCGCCGCUCGGGGAAACGAGGGAGGAGGAAGAGGAGGCGGAGGUGCUGCCGCCGCCCGAGGCCGAACCGGACUGGAGCUUCGCCGGCGGCGACAUGGAGGCGGUGGUGCUGCAGGAUCUGCCCACCGCCACCAUCGCCUGCAACCUGGACCCGCGCGUCUUCCAGGACGGCCAGUGCCGGGCCAAAUUUGAAUCGCUGUUUAGAACAUAUGACAGAGAUAUCACCUUUCAGUAUUUUAAGAGCUUCAAAAGAGUACGAAUAAAUUUCAGUAACCCUUUAUCUGCGGCAGAUGCCAGAGUCCAGCUGCACAAGACAGAGUUCCUUGGAAAGGAAAUAAAACUGUAUUUUGCUCAGACUUUACACAUUGGAAGCUCACAUUUGGCACCACCAAAUCCAGACAAACAGUUCUUGAUUUCACCUCCUGCCUCUCCACCUGUUGGUUGGAAGCAAGUAGAAGAUGCUACCCCUGUGAUUAACUAUGACCUUUUAUAUGCUAUUUCCAAGUUAGGACCAGGAGAUAAGUAUGAGCUACAUGCUGCCACUGAUACUACCCCUAGUGUUGUUGUCCACGUAUGUGAGAGUGACCAGGAAAACGAUGUGGAAGAAGAAAUAAAGAAACCCAAACCAAAAAUUAUUCAAACAAGAAGACCGGAUUAUACUCCUUCCCAUUUAAGCUGAACUGCUACAGGUUUUCAAGGGUUGCAAGUAGGCAUAUGCAAGGGAAACAUUUACUGUGGAAACAGCAGGUCACAGCUUUGGUGGCAACAGCAGCAGUUGUAGUAGGAGAAAUUCCAAAGUAAGUUUGCUCUGAAAAAAAUAAAGGAAAUUUCAUCCUUAUUUUUAAUGCUGCAGGUUGAAAGAUACCAUGAGUGUGUUCCCAGAUCUCUGGGAACGAAGGAUAGGCAGAAAAUGACAUUUUGAGACCUAAUAAGACAAACUUUGGGUUCUUUCUGGGGGGGGUACUGUAGGCUUUUCUGUUAUAAAGCAGUUGGGGGAAGAUUUCUUUGUUCUGUCUCACAUAAAUCCUCAAACUAGUAGGCUAGUCGUUGUGUGGUGUACAUAGCGAUAACAGAGGUGGUUUUAAAGGUAAAAUAUUUGGAAUUGUAAAUCUUUUUCAUAUAAUAGAUUUUGUGCAUGUGUAUUCUUGGUCUUCUAAAGUAACUUUGCAUUAUUUUCUAUAGUUUCUCACAUGCUUUUGGAGAUCUGGGAAAUUGUUUAAAGUAUUUAUUAUCUCAGCAUCCUGGACUUACUACUAGAUGUGUACAUACAUAUAUAUUUAUAUUUGUUUAUAUGGGCACUCAUGUUUCAGCAGGCAUACAGUUUGUUUGGCACCCUCCUUUGGUGCUAUGUAACUUGUGCUUUUAAUAUUUGACUCUUUUAACUGCCUAUGUAGGAUUUUGUCAGGCAAAGCUGUAGAAAAAAAAAUGUGCAAUAGGAAAGUGGUUUAAAUAAGUUGUUUUAAAAUUAUUUAAGUUAAAAUAAUUUAUAUCUUGGAUAACAUUUCUUCAGUGACUUUAACUUUCUCACUUGGAUUAAAGAAAAGUAUUCUGAAAUGUAUAAACAAAGCUAAUGUUGCGUGUUCACAGCAAUGUACAUUUUCAGUGAGAAGAAUGGUAAUGGAGAGAAUGAGAGCAUUAUCCAGUAAGCAAAUCUGCAUUGUUGAAACAGAUUUAACAGGGAUUGAAAAAUUGCACACAGUGUGUAGAACAGCAAAGAGAGAUGGAGUGCCUUUUCUUCAUUCAUUCCUGGUGUUAACUGUUCUACAAGCUGCACACUUGUAUCUUUUUCUACUGGCUUUGUAUGUCCAUAAGUAUAUACUUUCUUAGCCUUGCUUCUAAGCUGGUAUUUAGAAAUGCUUAACGCCAAGUAAUGAUGCAUACUUAAGUAUUGGGUACACAUGGGAAAAGCUUUAGGGUUUUUUUAAAACAUAUUAGUGUGUAAAAACACUAGGUCAUGACAUACAGGUUUGGCAAAAGAUGGCAGGAGCGUAUUUUCUUAUUUGUUUUUUUAAAUGGAAAUCUUCACUUUGAUGUAAGUGUAUUUAUUUUUUUUUUAAGAGAUAGCAACUGCUAUCUGUGGGAAAAUAUCACUGACCGUUUUUAGAAAGGGGAUGUUUGGAGCUUUUCAAAAUGUUUCUAGAAAUCCAAGCUGUUUGGUUCCACGUUGAUUCACUUUUGCCGCACUUGGUCUGAGGAUGACUUUCAUAGCUGGACUUAAUGUAAAGAAAUCAAUUCAGUGCCAUUUGAAGCAAACGUAGACUUAAAUGUCCAGGCUCACAUCUUGUUUUUUAAAUCAAAUACUAGUGAAGCAAGUUGUGUAACAAAGCCAUUCCAAGCUGUGGUGCGGUGUGUAAGUGAUUUGUUGAAGGCCUGUCAUUACACUAAGCAAAACAGAGAUUGAUAUCCUGUGACCAAAGAGAACAGGAAUCUUUUAAAGGUCAUUUACUUUUGAUCUUUGUUCUGUUUGUUUCAGUUUACAGGGCAUACCAAACACUGACAGUCGGUGUCUAUCUUGAACCUAAUUAAGUGGCACUCUCUCCAAGUUAAGGUGCUUAAGGUUAUUUGCCUUAUUAAUGAGUAACAAUCAGCUAAAUACAUCUACUGCUUCUUAACACCCCACAAUAAAUAAAAUGGAGAGAAAUCCUGUUAGUUUGCCACAACUGUUUUCAAGCCUUUCCAAGAUUUUUUCCAUGUCUCUCAAAUUGCUACUGGACUUUAGUGUUUUACUUCAUGCAACUUGAAAUUGUUGGAAUAUGUCUGUUUGGUCCUUUUUCUGUCUGUUCAUGAUUACCAGUCAAAGCAUUAGUUUUGCAUUAAUUUUACAUUAGCAACUUAGUUUCUGUUCUGCUUCCUGGCAAUCCAAAGAAAGCAGUGCUAAUACUCAAUUAAAAAUAAAGAAUGUUAAAGAAAUACCAAUAUGAUCUUCCCAGACUAUUACCCUAAUAUCUGCCUAAUGAAGGUGGACACUGGAAACCAUGGAUGGGAGACUUGGGAUGGCUGCAGUGUGUUCUUCUGAUUAUAAUUGUAAGCAAAGAUAGUGAGACAGUAAUCUGCCUGUCUUUUCUGGUUGUGUAUCUUGGCGUGUGUCACCUUCUGUUAUUAUUACUACAAUAUAUUGUUUGCCCUGGUUUUUUUCUUAAAAAAAAAAAAAAAACACAAACAAAACUGGUUAAAUGAGUGCUUAAUUAAUUGCAUUGGUAUUUUAUACAAUUGUAUAGUAUGGGGCAUAUUUAAAUUAAAAUAUUUUAUUGUCUUCUUGUAAUGUUGUGGUAUUUGUACAUGUAACUAUUCAAAGAUUUUGCGCCACAAUCUGAACUUUAGGCUUCUUAAACAUUGCUGGUUUGAAUAAGGAACAAUUGAUAAGAAUAUCGUUCCAGGUCACAUCCUUAUCAACUAAAUAAAUUUAUGCAUAGAGAAAGACUUCCCAACCUUCUGCUUAAGUGACUUACAUGAUCUUAAUGCAAGUAUGAGAAUCUACUAAU